GGCUCGCCCUUGCUCGCGUCCCCGCGGCCCCCAGCGCUCUCGGGUCCGGCGAUCGCCGCGCGGCAGCGAGGAGGAGGAGGGCGGCGGCCGGCGGGCAUGGGCGGCCACGCGGCUCCGAGGGGCGCCGGGGGGCUCCGCGCGCUGCUGCUGGCGCUCGUGGCCGCGGUGGCCCCCGCGGGCGCCUACAACUUGGACCCCGCGCGGCCCGUGCGCUUCCAGGGGCCCGCCUCGUCCUUCUUCGGCUACGCGGUGCUGGAGCACGUCCACGACAACACGCGCUGGGUUCUCGUGGGCGCACCAAAGGCGGAGUCCAAGUACAGUACCUCAGUGAAGUCCCCCGGAGCUGUGUUUAAGUGCCGUGUCCACACCAACCCCGAACGGAGAUGCACCGAACUGGACAUGGCUCGUGGGAAGAGCCGGGGCACAUCCUGUGGGAAGACCUGCCGGGAAGACCGAGAUGAUGAGUGGAUGGGGGUGAGCCUGGCCCGGCAGCCCAGGGCGGAUGGCCGCGUGCUGGCCUGUGCCCACCGCUGGAAGAACAUCUACUACGAGACAGACCACAUCCUGCCCCACGGCUUCUGUUACAUCAUCCCGUCCAACCUGCAGGCCAAAGGCAGGACGCUCAUCCCUUGCUACGAAGAGUACAAGAAGAAGUACGGAGAAGAACACGGCUCGUGCCAGGCGGGCAUAGCAGGCUUCUUCACCGAGGAGCUGGUGGUGAUGGGCGCCCCUGGGUCCUUUUACUGGGCCGGGACUGUCAAAGUGCUGAACCUAACAGACAACACCUACUUCAAACUGAAUGAUGAGACCAUCAUGAGCCGACGGUACACUUACCUGGGCUAUGCAGUUACUGCUGGACACUUCUCUCACCCAUCCACCACUGAUGUGGUCGGAGGUGCCCCUCAAGACGAAGGCAUUGGGAAGGUUUAUAUCUUUAGAGCUGACCGAAGAUCAGGCACCUUAGUUAAAAUUUUCCAGGCCUCAGGCAAAAAGAUGGGCUCUUACUUCGGCUCCUCCUUGUGCGCAGUUGACCUGAACGCGGACGGCCUCUCCGACCUGCUGGUGGGGGCCCCCAUGUUUUCUGAGGUCAGAGACGAGGGGCAGGUCACCGUCUACAUCAACAGAGGAAAUGGAGCCCUGGAGGAGCAGCUGGUGCUGGCCGGAGACAGCGCCUACAAUGCUCACUUCGGGGAGAGCAUCGCCAGCCUGGGUGACCUGGACGACGACGGGUUCCCAGAUGUGGCCAUUGGUGCCCCCAAGGAGGAUGACUUCUCGGGCGCCAUCUACAUCUACCACGGGGAUGCUGUUGGGAUCGUGCCUCAGUACUCAAUGAAACUGUUGGGGCGGAAGAUAAAUCCGGUGCUGCGGAUGUUUGGCCAGUCCAUAUCAGGAGGCAUUGAUAUGGAUGGAAACGGCUAUCCUGAUGUCACGGUCGGAGCCUUCAUGUCGGACAGCGUUGUUCUUCUGAGGGCGAGGCCCGUCAUCACUGUGGAUGUCUCAGUCUUCCUCCCUGCCUCUGUCAAUAUCACCGCCCCCCAGUGCCAUGACGGGCUGCAGCCUGUGACCUGCCUGAAUGUCACCGUCUGCUUCAGCUUCCACGGCAAGCACGUUCCCGGAGAGAUCGGCCUGAAUUAUAUCCUGACUGCAGAUGUGGCCAAAAAGGAGAAGGGCCAGGUUCCCAGGGUCUACCUGGUGUUGCUGGGCGAGUCCGUGGGUCAGGUGGCCGAGACCCUGCAGCUGGUCGCCAUGGAGGAGACCUGCCGUCACUACAUGGCUCACGUGAAGCGGCGGGUGCAGGACGUCAUCAGCCCCAUCGUGUUUGAAGCUGCCUACAGCCUGGGAGAGCAUGUGACCAGCAAGGAGGAGAGGGAGCUGCCGGCCCUGACCCCCGUGCUCCGCUGGAAGAAGGGGCAGAAGAUCGCCCAGAAGAAUCAGACGGUGUUUGAAAGAAAUUGCCAUUCUGAGGACUGUGCAGCCGACCUGCAGCUCCGAGGUCAACUGCUGCUGUCUGGCAUUGAUGACAAGACCCCGUAUCUGGCUCUGGGUGCCGUGAAGAACAUCUCCCUGAACAUCUCCAUCUCCAACCUCGGGGAUGAUGCCUAUGAUGCCAACGUGUCCUUCAACGUCUCCCGAGAGCUCUUCUUCAUCAACAUGUGGCAGAAGGAGGAAAUGGGCAUUUCCUGUGAACUGCUGGAAUCGGACUUCCUCAAGUGCAGUGUGGGGUUUCCUUUCAUGAGGUCCAAGUCAAAGUAUGACUUCAGCGUGAUCUUUGAUACAAGUCACCUCUCUGGGGAAGAGGAUGUUCUCAACUUCAUCGUUACGGCUCAGAGUGGCAAUGUGGAGAGGCCCGAGGCCCUGCAGGACAACACGCUCCUGCUGGCCGUGCCCCUGGUGCACGAAGUGGACACAUCCCUUACAGGCAUCAUCUCUCCCACCUCUUUUGUUUACGGCGAGUCUGUGGAUUCCACCAACUUCAUUCAACUGGAGGACCUGGAGUGUCAUUUCCAGCCUCUGAACAUCACCUUCCAGGUCUAUAACACCGGGCCCAGCACUCUCCCAGGCUCUUCCGUCAUCAUCUCGCUUCCCAACCGACUGUCGUCCGGCGGUGCAGAGAUGUUUCACAUCCAGGAGAUGGUGGUGGGUCAAGAGAAGGGAAACUGUUCUUUCCAGAAAAAUCCAACUCCCUGCAUCAUCCCUCAAGAACAGGAGAACAUCUUUCAUACAAUAUUUGCUUUUUUCACAAAGUCUGGAAGGAAAGUCUUGGACUGUGAAAAACGGGGCGUUUCUUGCCUCACCAUGCACUGCAACCUGAGUGCGCUUGCGAAAGAAGAAAGUCGAACAAUAGACAUUUACAUGCUGCUGAACACAGAAAUACUGAAGAAGGACAGCUCGUCUGUCAUCCAGUUAAUGACCCGCGCCAAGGUGAAGGCAGCCCCAGCACUGAAGGUGGUGGAGGUGGCCCAUGGGAACUCAGAAGAGAUCAUGGUGGUCUUCGAAGCCUUACACAACCUGGAGCCCCGUGGCUACGUCGUGGGAUGGAUCAUCGCCAUCAGCUUGCUGGUGGGAAUCCUCAUCUUCCUGCUGCUGGCUGUGCUGCUCUGGAAGUUGGGUUUCUUUCGCCGAAGGUACAAAGAAAUUAUUGAAGCUGAGAAGAACCGGAAGGAGAAUGAAGACAGUUGGGACUGGGUCCAGAAAAACCAGUGACCGCCCGCCCCGCACCAGUCCCGUGACCCGAUGGUUCGCCUGUUGUCCUUGAUCUUUGUAUCUUCCAUAUUUGGAAGAAAGAAUCUUCUCCAGAUUUUUCGGAGGCCCCACUGAUGCUGUUCUCUUCCUCAUUCUAUCAAGCCCAGGUGCCAAUCUGAGGCAGCCACUUUGGCCAGGUCACGUGACUCUGCCACCACCACUUCGGUCUGAAGAUGAACUUUGAACUUUGGAAAGUAAGUGACAGAGCCGAGCAAUAUUUAUGGAUGCAACAUGCGUGGUCAACCCUCAGGGGAAAACUGUUACCUAAAAGUAUUUUUAUAAAUAUAAGCCUUUUAUACUGAUUAUGUCUUUAUAUUUGUAUCAAUGUUUUAUUAUUUCUAUUAAAUAGUUAUAUAAUUCACUCAAGCACUGAUAUCUGGCCUGAAAUCUUGGAACUAUCUGUACAUGCUUACAAAUUUUUAUGGAUUUUUUUUAAAAAAUAGUAAUCUAACUAUACUUUGGAACUUGCCGUUUAAAGAAAGAGACUUGCAGAGAAAGGCCUCUGAAGAAACCUCUUGCCAUGAGCCAGUGAGCUGCAGAAACUGUGGGCAUGGCACAACUGCUCAGACAUUUCACCUCUUCACUGCUUGGAGUUGAGUUUGGAGUCAUGUGCAAAUGCAGGACUGAUUAAAGAGAGACUCUUAAGGAUUUUUUUUCCUCCUGUGUUGCUUUCUUUGAAAGAUUCCCAGCAGAAGUCUGAAUGGAAAACCCCGAUUUCUAGCAACUAGUCUGUUCAGCAUCACCUUUAUACAGGAGGCCUCUCACCCUCCUUCCGCCUGGCUUCCUGGACGAAAGCCUGGAGCCACGCCAGGCAGUCAUCUGGUAAACCUCACGGUGACAUCUCAACCCAGACAUCGUGCCUCAGAGUCCACACAGCAUGAGGACUGAAUCAGUGCUCACCAGGCAAAGACUUACGUCUGGGUGUUGUGAUGUCUUGUCUUUGUGUGCUCCUCUGGCUUCCAGGGGCUCCGUUUCUCUCUACCACUCUUGUGUCCCAGGUUGUGGCAGUUGCAAAUUCCUUCCCAAGAUCACCACUCAGUCUGUCCUUAUAUGUUUUUGUGUCUUUGGUGAGGUGCCUAAGAAGCAUAUCCUGAGUCUAGGGUUUGCAAAAAAGUAACUUACUAAGGAAAUAUUCUGCCAGUGAUACCAGUAAGGGAGUAAAGAGCACAGGGCCAGCAAGGGGAGGAAGCAAGACCAGGGUGCUAUUUCAGACAGCUCCUAUCCUUCAGCCUGCCCUGCCAGUGAUCUCUAGAGGGUAAGUAAUGCCUUAGAGUUGUCCCAACCUUUAUAUACCCAUGAGAGAAGUAAACUUUCGGAGGGCGCCAGUAGCUACAGGCCAUUUCUCUAGUUGAGACCUACAAGUGCAUCCCCCAAUCUGCAGGGUGCUACAGGAAUUAUAUCAAGGGACCCAGGAAUGUCACUUGCAUUCUCUUCUAUCUGCCGCCUCUGUAGAUACUGAGUUAUAACCCUCAGUCACCAAGCUGUCCAUGUGGCCAUGUUUGUGAUGUGCAAUGAGAUGAUGGAUGCAGCAUGCGUGGAACUGCAUCUUGCCCAGAGUGUACACUCAGUGACCUCUAUCAGCUCUGACUGUCACUCCCUCCAAAACAAGAGAGAAAGCAGGUAGCUGAAAACAGAGAUCUGGCAGUCCUAAAUGGCUUGUUCCAGGCUCCUUAAGCUCAGGCAUCACAUAGGAAGAAAACCAAGUGUCUUUGUUAUAGAUCCUGAUUUUGUAGAACCCACGCCUCCCCCCCAUGUUUGGGGAUCCAUAAACAUUGCUUAAAAGAUAUACAACUCAACUUCUGGGGAAACAUGUGUUUCAUACACAUACUUGACUGAUGCUUGCAAACAGAUCUAAAAUAGUGGCAAGAUUCCAAGGGUGCUAGGUAGUAGCAAAGCUGGUGUGACAUGUCUUUUGAUUUCUUUUUAGGCCUUUGGCUAAUGCGAGAAGAGGAGUGAGUCAAGUAACCGUUCUGGUGAACAUGGGAAAAGCCAGGAAAAGCUAGAGUCAAUGGGAUGAACUAGGCUCAUCUUAGAAGGCAAUUGGGUGUUGUUUCUGAGGAAUAGGGCCACAGAGGUAACUACAAAGCAGGCACGGCAGAGAAACCAGCUCUCAUUGAGGUGUCUAUGAGAUUUGCUGACAGUAAUCAAAGCAGUCUUGAGUAGGUUUCAAUUACUUAUUUAGCAGCUAUUUAUGGGAUCUCUGAUGGAUUUCAGGCACUAGUAAUUAGAGGUUCCCCAGGGGAUGUUUUGGGGUAUGUUUUAUGCUUGGGAAAGACAACCCUUCCUACAACAAAGUUCAGAAUGUGAAGUCCUUUCUGAGACCCCAAUCUGCAACUCUCUUGGAUGAAAUCUUACCCCUCAAGUGAUGUUGUCCUUAAAUAACUCCUCUAAGUAGUAGUCUCAGGUGGUAGAUUUGGUUUUGCAAUAUCAGCAGCUUAGGCCAAGUGCAUUUCUAGCCACUAUCCAGUCUCCUGCCCAGGGCCUCAUGGAAGAGAGAAGACCCAUAGAUUUGAGUUUAGCCAGCCCCAGGGGAGAGAACCUCACUUUUGAGAAGACAGUCUCAGAGUCAGACUGCUUCUGGUUGAUUCUGAGUGAUCAUCCCACAGAGCUUUAUGAGGCAGUCUUCGCUGGACCUCAUCAGAAGCAAUGAUUGGCAACCACUCCAGGAACCUAUGUGAAGAAGUACAGCAAGCCCCUCUCCCUGUCAGAGCUCUGAUCAGCAGGCACCAGAAGGUGGAGGGGCGGGAGGGGAGGGGAGGGCGGCGGGGAGUUCAGUUUUCAGCUUAAUAAUGGAGAAAACAGUCGAGCAUAUUGCUAGCACUCCCUUAGCUUGGGCAAUUCACCAGGUCCAUCCAGGUCAAGAGACUCUCAGGGGAAGCAGACAGAGUAGACUCAUGUGUCUGUGUUACAUCUCCAGAAUAUUCUUUAAAAUUCCACUGUGCAUUCUGAUUCCACCCUUUCUGCUUCUGUGGGCUCAUGGCAAGAUUCUAUAAGAUCUCUUGUACCAAAUGACCCCCGUCUAAGUUGGAUAUUUACCAACUGUCAGGAGAACGGAGAUGCUUUAUAAUUGUGGAAAGAAUCUUUAAAGAGAUGGAGUGAAAUACUGGCCCCUCUUCCAAAAAGAUUCACUUAUGCGCAAUUUACAUGGGAAUUGAGAGUUUGGAGCAUCCCCAGAGUGAGCCUGCAGCCAAGAGGCCUUGACAUUUAGGAACAAGAGCACACACGGGCAUGUAUCAGGAAUCAUUUCCUCCUGAGGUCAUGAGGCUUUGUCUGACAGUUCUUCAAUAACUUUCCAUCAUCAUCACCAGGAAGUGUGGUCAGCUUUCAGAAGAUCCAAUAGAAAAACUCACACCUACAGUCCUUGGCCAAGGACGAGGUUAAAAACAGCCAAUAGCACUUCUGGGAACAUCUGAGACCCACUUUCAUUGCCUAAGUAUAGUACCCCUCUCCAUCCCCGUCCCCAGUGGUAUCUGAGUGCAGAAUGUUGCCCGUUGAACCCUAGCUUAGUGACUUCUUUAAAGGUUAUUCUGUUGGGUUUUUUUUUCUUUUUUGGCUACAUUAUGGCCAGACGAACAGUUAUGUCUAGAUGAUAUACAAAACCUGGUGAAACCUACUUGGUCCAAACGUCAUGAAAUUUAGAGGCGCACAGCAAAUAAUUGUUCUUUGGGAGAAAUGGUUCUUUAGCAGAUAAGAGGUAUAAAUUGUGUGUUAUUUCAUAAAUACUCCAGUAUGCAGGGUUUUAGUCUGUUUUGUUUUGCUACAUAGAGCAAUAAUAUAUAUAUACAGUGGAGAAUUUUUUUUUGAAUGAGGAAUGGCUGAAGGAAGGUGACAGAGCCAGUAGGGCCAAAAGAAAUGCUUCUAGAACAUCUUCUGAUAUUUCAGCACACUGGGAGAAUAUUGAACAAGUUCCCCACGUGGCACAAUGCUGUAUAGCACAAUGCUCUCGAUUUUGCUAAGGUUUUUGAAUUUUCUAAUGUGCAUGGUGUGGUUGGCAGCGUGAGUUCCAAAAGCUUGAAGAGUGAUAGCUUUGCAUAGCGGGCACCUCGCUGAGUUCAGUUCCAGAACUUGCCUGAUGUCUCUUGCACAUUUCUGUUGAGGGACUUUGGUGGGAGAGUUGUUUCUCUCCACACACUCAUGUGUAUUAACGUCGUCUGUGCCAUCACUUCUAACUCACUGACACUGUUUGGGAAAUGCAGGUUUACAAAUAUACGUGUUUGGAAUAAAGAAUGGCUACCAAUGA